GGCUUACCUUUCGAGGAUAAUAGUGUUGACGUGGUAACGAGCAGUUUGAGUAUGCAUUGGGUCAAUAACCUUCCCGGUUUGUUUAAGGAAGUGAAUCGAAUCCUGAAGAAAGAUGGCGUUUUUAUUGGAUCCAUGUUUGGGGGUGAAACACUUUUUGAACUCAGAUGUUCCCUCCAACUCGCGGAAUUGGAACGUGAUGGUGGCCUUUCUUCGCACAUCUCGCCAUUCGUCGAGGUACAAGAUCUCGGCAAUCUCCUAAAUCGUUGCCAAUUCCGAAUGCUCACUAUUGAUAGUGAUGAAAUCAAGGUAGCUUUCCCUUCUAUUUUUGAACUGAUGCGAGAUCUUAAAGGGAUGGCAGAAAACAAUGCCUCAUGGACCAGGAAGCUACACCUCAAGAGGGACACACUGAUUUCAACCGCUGCUAUAUAUAAGGAGCUCUACCGAAACCAAGAUGACACCAUUCCGGCCACGUUUCAAAUCUUUUAUUGGAUAGGAUGGAAGCCAGAUGCCUCACAGCCCACGCCGCUAUCUCCACAAAAGUCCGAGAUCUCACUCAAAGAUCUGCCCAAUUUAGAUGAAGCUCUUCAAAAGCGAGAUAAAGACGGCGAUAAAGAGUCCUAAAUUUGAAUGAAUAAAAGUCGGUCUUGAAUCAA